AUGGCGGAGGCGGGAAAAGUGUCCGACUGCUUGGGGCUUCCUGGAGGAGGAGCGGCCCAGUGGCCUCUGCAGAGGUAUGGUCGCUACAUGCCCUUAGGUGCCGGAGAGCUGCCUGGGCCUGGUCUGGAAGCUGGAACAGCCUCCUCCCCCACGUGGAAGGUCUUUGACUCCAAUGAAGAAUCUGGGUAUCUUGUUCUCACCAUAGUUAUAUCAGGUCAUUUCUUCAUUUCCCAAGGACAGACACUACUGGAAGGAUUCUCACUCAUUGGUUGCAAGAACUGGUUGAAGAUCGUAAGACGUGUGGACUGUCUGUUGUUCGGAACAACAAUAAAGAACAAGAGUCGCAUGUUUCGAGUACAGUUUAGUGGAGAGUCAAAGGAGCAGGCGCUGGAACACUGUUGCAGUUGCGUGCAAAACCUGGCCCAGUAUGUAACCGUUCAGGUGCCCGAUGGAAUCAUCCAGGACCUUCAGCCAAAUCCUGGCCUGCUGAGACCAAGUGAGCACCAACAGAAGGACUCUGCAAAGAGCAUCCCAUCACGGUACAAAUCCUACCAGCACCUGGAAGAGCAGGCAGGUCUCAGAGCUAGCCCAGGCGCACCAGAGGGAAGGACGUCAGUGACACAGUUAGCUCAGUCUCUCCUGGCUUCAGAGGAGCUGCCCCUUGUCUAUGAGCAAUCUGCAUGGGGUGCGGAAGAGUUAGGCCCCUUUCUUCGCUUAUGCCUCCUGGAUCAGAAUUUUCCAGCAUUUGUGGAAGAGGUAGAAAAGGAACUUAAAAAGCUGACAGGGUUUAGAAAUUAAUGUUCUCUCUACAUAUCUAACUCAGGAACUUCCAUAAAUGCUUCUUCCUAAAAUUAAAGAAGAUAUUAGAAUAAAGAG